AUGCCGUUCUGCCGCGCUGAGAUUGAGCCGCUCAUGAUAGCUCGUGGCCACCCCCUGUCCUUCCUGGAGGAAGGUGACGACGACAGCAUCGACACAUCCACGCCGUGGGGGCUGGGCCGGGCCUACGCCAACGAGAUAUGGGACUAUCUCGGCGCUAAUGACGGUUGGAACGCCGACGGGAGUAUGGGAGGCCGGGAAUUCAACCGCGUCCCGUUCACGGGUGACUUUUCGAUGACUGAUUCGGCGGGAAAUUCUUGGACGCCCUACACCCCCAGAAACAGCCCCUACGAGUUCACGAACUUCAAGAAGUGGCAGCCUCUGGAAGAGUCGGACGGCCUCGGUUAUGUUUCGACUCAAGAGCACGUAACGCCGCACAUCGGGAGCACCGGCCGUUACUUCGGAUUCUCUUCCAAGGAAGACGAGGAAGCCUUUAGCUCGCGCAAGAUCGAUGGACCGGAUUACCUAAACAGGUACGACCAGGCCGUCCGCGACGUGCUCGACGAGUCCGCCAUUACCGCGGACUCACCCUACAAACAGUUCGCCGUGUCGUUUUUCGACAAUAAGUUCACCUCCCUUAUCCCUCUCAAGAUCGCCUUCUUCAACCGGGGAACGACCAAGGAAGACUACACAGAAACUGACUUCUACCAGGUCACUGUCGAGGUUCAACUCGCCAUUUACAAUGGCAUCCUACUGGCCUGGAAGGAGAAGAUCAACCACGAUCGACCCCGCCCACCCAGCAUGAUCAGGCACCUGCUCGGUGAUGAACUGGUGGAGGCCUACGCCGGACCGGAUCAGGGCGUCCAAACAAUGAAGGCAUCAGAAUGGGAGCCGUUCAUCAGGACCAUGCCUCACUCCGAGUACCCCUCGGCCUCUGCGUGCCUUUGCGAGGGGUUUGCACGGCAAGUCGAGAACUUUCUUGGCGACGACAAGAUCGAGCCCGCUCUCGAGUUCCCCCCGGGUCCUCCGCCCGCAGGCUUGAACGCGUCCCUGGAAUUCGCUUCCUGGUCUGAGAUUUCCCAAGUCUGUGGCGACAGUCGCAUUUGGGGUGGCAUGCACUUCGCGGGAGCCGUUCUAGCGGGAGCCGAGCUGUGCGGAGGCGAAGACAUGGCCAAGUCGAUCCAUGACUCCUUUGAGCGUCUCAAAGCAGGAGACGAGAGCGCCGCCAUCUUCAAGAGCGACGUCGGCGAGCUGAUGGUGCGGCCCCGCUAG